GAGACUCACCGGACUCUGACCGCGAUAUCGAAAACGACACCAAUGCAGCCGGGUAGCGUGGACAGUCCGCUGCCAUGGAGCGUGACGGCAAGGAAUAUGGACUAGGUCGAUCAAAGGGAUGCUCGAACCCGCCACCCGCGAACAGUGUAGCCUCGAUGGUGGACGUGGUUGAAUAUACGCCAAUGGAUGAAAAUGAAGACGAUGAGCUUGAUAUUCCUGAUGAAGCGACGAAGCUGGCGCCGGGCGAUCCGAUUCCUCCCAACUUUUGUGAGGACCUAAACACUAUGUGUUUCUUGGAGGACAAACAUACCCGCACUAGUGAGGACAAGCGGGGCCAUGACAUCAUUUGGCAUGAUGACAUUUUUGAACCAUGCAUCCAAGGUGGGGAGUGGAAGAUGGCGGUAAAGUAUGUGAACGGUUGGAGGACGAUUGGCCGUAUGGCGAAGGACAUCUGGCUGAAAACGACGGAGCAAGCAAUUUUAUACCGCGUGCAGAGAGAGAACCCCAGGGAGAGCGAAACUUCUACCAAAGCAAAGGAGAAACAAUUGUUCAUUGCCUUGCGAGCCGCUCAACAGUUGGAGUACAACUAUAAGUUUUACGACCUGUGCACGAGCCCCUCGCGCGGAUCAAUCGACUGGAAGAUCAACCGCACCGCCGAUUUGAGGAGUGCCGAGAGCAUGGAGGUGAACUCCCGAGAAAAUGUCGUCCCUCUGUAUGAGGCGGUCGCAGGGAACACGAAGGGUGAGCAAAGGGAAGAUGACGGGACCACGUCUAGCGUGAACGCUCCAUUGCCAAAGGUGGGAAACACGUCCGCAUGCAAAAAGUCUGUCAUAGCUGUCUCUGUUGCCACAGGGGAUACGUCACAAGGUGUACAUGCGUCACUCGAUAAGCCGUCAGAUGCGAGCGCCACAUACCGGAGUCUCCUCGCGACAGGUGCAGCAAUGGGAGGCAGAUCAGAGAUGGAAUCGGAGUCCGCUGUUGCGAUGAGUGUCACAAGAAUGUCUUUGCAUCCGCCCUCAUCCACUAACAAAGGUGAUGCACUUUGCAAAACAACGCCACAGGGAGGGACCGCAGGGGAUGAAGGGAAGGGGGGGAACGCAGAGGGGUCUCAACAUUCUCGCAAUCUUGAGAAUAUGACCACGGACGACGAGGAUGGAGCAGAAGGUGCUCACUAGGGCAUGGUCGAUUCCACACGUGUACAACAUGAGGGGUGAGGUUGAGAGUGGACUCGAGGGAAAUCCUUUUCGCG